AUGUCACCAGCCCGCAGACCAGGGCUCUGCUCAUGCUUUCAUAACUACCAUUACAUUGAUGAACCAAAGACUUGGGGUGAAGCCCAACAGUACUGCAGAGAAAAGUUCACCGACCUGGCCACCGUGGACAACAUGGAGGACGUGACACAACUGAUUGCGGCUGCCGACAGUGGCUACAUUGGACAAGUGUGGAUAGGCCUGUAUGACAAUUCGAGUACCUGGGCGUGGUCUAUGGAAGAUGAUGGCUACUAUGGAACGAACAAUGAGCUCUUUCUCAAGUGGUCCGAUGGUGAACCAAAUACAAAAAGAGAUCAGUGGAAGCUAUGCAGUGCCAUAAAGGGACGCCACUUGUUCGACACGUUUUGCGAUGUAGAAAUCCCCUUUGUCUGCUAUGACAAUUCAGAUGGGGAGGUGAGGGGCAUCGAAUCUGAGUGGGCCAUGCUCAAAGCCCCCAUUGUAGAAGCAGCUGUUAUGUGCUGCAGCAAGAAGGUCACUGGUGCAACCUCAAAACCUGCCGGUGGACACCAGCUGUAUGUCUAUGUAAGUGGGACACCACCGUGGGAGGGAGCUCAGAGCUACUGCAGGAAACACCACACGGACCUGGCCUCUAUUAGGAAUGAGAACGAGAUGGUAUUGGUCGACAACGUGAUGCCAAUAGGUGAUGUUACUUUUGCUGCUGUUGGCCUGUCCAGAAAAACCUGGUCCUACUGGUCAGAUGGCACAGAGCACAAAUUCAAAAACUGGCUGACUGAGCACCCAUUUGGAACAACUGGAGACUGUGCUACCAGUUUGAUCGGUGAUGCUGAUGCUGGAAAGUGGUUCGAACAACCAUGCGACCAAAAACUUCCGUUCAUGUGUUACGACAACAAGAAGCACCGGUUUCAGAUCAAGCUGACGGCACUGAAAUCCACCGUCGACCUGAAUGACCCUGCUGUGACGGAGGCCAUCCUGAAGCUGAUGGAGAAGAAGAUGAAAGAGAAAGGGAUCACAGCAGGUUUGAAAAUUGCUUGGGUAAAGAAGGAUAACAACGCGAUCUUCCAGGAAGAAGAGAAGAACGCAGAUUAA